UCUUGCGACUUGCUGGGUCUAUUGUAGGAACCAUCGUAAGACGAAACGCCGUGCCCGCGACAAUGCAUCGCGCCGGGCGAUAUAUUUACGCGGACGAGAAUUACUCCGGUGUAGGCGGUGGACAUAUGUUAGCGCGGGCACCCUGUGUAUCUUGCCGGGGCUUAUAUAGUAGGAAGGCCGGUUAUUGGGUGUACGAGAAUAGAGUGCAUCGCUCUCAAACGGAACAUCCGUCUAACCGCGCCGACCCGCUCGCGGAUGCACGCGGAGAUGCAACACGAUCGCGCACCGAAGGACGCGGGCCCUGUAGGCAGAUCGCGGCCGACGUAUCGCCGCGUCAGCGUGAUGCGGCGUAUUUCCUCAGCAGAAGAAUGUGA